GAACUAUCUAGCAAGUCUUAGUCGCGUCAUAGUGACGUCAAUUCAGAAAUGGCUAGUUUUCCGUUUGGGCAGGGGUAUCCAGGAAUGGCUAGACAACCCCCUGGAGGUAGUUACUAUUCAGGGCAGGCCCCAGCUGGCGGCCCUUAUGGCGGUAGUCCAUUUGGUGGCUCCGCACCUCCUGGUGGCCAAUAUGGUGGAGCAAGUUUCCAGAGUGGUGGUGGUUAUGGAGGAGCUCCCACUGCUGGUGGGCCUUUUGGUUCAUAUGUUUCUUCGGGUGCAGGUGGAGCAGCUCCUGGAGGACCAUAUAGUGGAGCAGCUACUGGAGGACCGCAAUUUGGAGGGCAGGUACCUGGUGUUCCAUAUGGUGGUUAUGGACAAGGAGGACCUUAUGGUCAGCAAGCGCCAGCAGGUAACAUACCUCCAGGUGUGAGUGCAGAAGCAAUGCAGUGGUUUCAGACAGUGGACACAGACCACAGUGGAUACAUUACUCAGAAAGAGCUCAGACAGGCACUGGUUAACUCAAAUUGGUCUACUUUCAGUGAUGAGACAUGCUUAAUGAUGAUGAAUAUAUUUGACAGAAGUCACUCGGGAAGAAUUGAUUUGUUUGGCUUUUCUGAAUUGUGGAGAUUUUUACAGCAGUGGAAAGCCAUGUUCCAGCAGUUUGAUCGCGAUAGAUCAGGGAACAUCAGUGGUAGUGAACUUCACCAAGCACUUUCACAAAUGGGCUAUAAUCUUAGCCCACAAUUUACCCAGGCUUUAGUGUCUCGGUACAGCCAGAGAGGAAAUUCAAAUACCAUUCAAUUAGAUCGCUUCAUUCAAGUUUGUACCCAGAUACACAGCAUGACUGACGCAUUCCGAGAGAAGGACCAGAGGAUGACCGGGACGGUUCGCAUGAGCUAUGAGGAUUUCCUUUCCAGUAGCAUUUCCCGGCUUAUUUGAACAUGGCUUUAAAAUUAAAGUGACUGUACUAUAGUAUAAUAUGUAUAAUUUUUUUUAUGACAUCACUAUCUUAAAUCAUUUUUGUUAUAUCUAGAUUCUUACAGCAAAUAGCCACAUAAAGAAAGUACUGUUAUGUUCAUAAAUGUUUUCCAGUAUAAUAUAUUAUUUACAAAGUGGUUUUUUUUUUUUUUGUCUUGAACUUUGGUGCCAAACAGGUUUAAUGAAUUUUAGACUUCUUGCUAUAAAACAUGUGAUUGCUUAUCUUAAAAAGGGAAUCCACAGCCUAGUUUUAUUAUUUGAUCUGAGAGAAAGGAAUUGCCUUUGUUACUGCCAUGUGCUGUCCACUCCUGAGUUUGAAUCACUAUAGCAACGGAUUCCCCCUUUUAGUGUGGUUGGUGAUGAGACUUGGAUCUCAAGCAAGCUUUUGAAGACGUCAAAUAUGGAACAGCAUGAUGUGCUUCUGGUAAUAGUACAGGCUGCUUUGUGCUGUAUUUUCAUUGAAGUAAUGUUUUUUCUGCAUUUAGAUUUUUUUUUUUUUUUAAACCCAAGCAUAGUGUCAGACUUAAAAUAUUAAUAAUACUGAAUUUUUUAGAUGUUUUGAUGAGCUUCAAAAUCAGGCUGUAUUAAUUAUAAGUAGGUUGUGCAAGCUAGCAGGUUUGACUUUAUGUAUUUGUUCAACACUAUUAACUGACAUAUUUCUAAAAUAAAAUUAUGUUAGAAAUUGAAAAUAUAAAAAAGUAACGAUGAUACCUUUGUUAGCAAAUUAGAUGUUUGUGGUGAGAGAAACUACAGCAUAUCAGGUCUGGCAGCUUCACAGAUUAUAAACACCCAAGUCUGCCUGGCUGGCUGUUGCACCGCCUAUUAGUUGCUAGCAGCCAGAGGAGAUAUGUGAGUUUAUAUGCCACAUAAACGUGCUGGAACAAAAUUAUUUUACUUCUGUGACUACUUGUUGCUCACAUGCAACCUAGAAAAACAAGGACACUUAAAUAGAGAAUAAAGCAGGGCCGAGACCAAACAGUUCCUCUUGCUUUCAGGUUCUGCUCUUAACUGGCCAGGCACCAUUACACAGAAAUGUCAAUGAAAGUACUCUAGUACAUUUAGCUUUUUAAAUUAUUCAGAGGCAGAAAGUUGCAUUGCGACAACACCACAGGGAUGAGUGAGUGUGUGUGCGACAAGUGAGUGUGUUUUAACAGUACAGUGAUAAAACAGGGUGAGUGAACUAACAUUGUUCCUAACAUUCUAUGACAGUACAUUAAGUGACAGAAAAGGAAAAAAUAAAGCACCCCUACAUGGAAGCCCUCUGCUGGAUGAUAUAUGGUUGAUAGAAGUAGUAAGACCACAACCAUCCAGAUCAUUCUGAGACAAAAAAGGAUUUUUUUUUUUUGUUGUAAGUGCACAAACUAACCAUCUGCAGCUGCCUGUGUCAGGUUCAAUGGAGUCAUUUUACUCUGCCAACAAUUGCCCACACUGUUAAGAUAUGCUUGGCGUUUUCUUCCUGUUGUUCACUUUUUCUUCUUUCUGUUGGGACUUCUUGUUCCAGAGAUGUUCUCAUGACCUGUCCAGAGGAUUCUUGUAGUUAAUUUCCAAUUCAUUUUCAACAGAA